GUCGGGUCCGUGCUGAACCAGCCCAUCGGCCAGCUGAUCAUCGCGGCGGCGACGGUGAACGAGAUCAUCCAGAUCAUGCUCCUGACGUGCGCGGAGAACCUCGUCGACGGCGCGGCCGUCGACGAGUACGUCGCGCCCAUCCUCAUCAUGGUCGUCCUCAUCGCCGUCGUCGGCUUCCUGGCCGUGCGCGUCGUGCCCCAGCUGCUGGAGCGGGAGAUCCUGCCGCGCGUGCCCCAGCGGCACCGGCCGACGGUCGUGCUCGGGAGCCUCUUCUCCGUGGCGAUGUUGUUGAUCCCCGCGUGCAAGUACAGCGGGUCCUCGGAGCUCCUGGGCGCGUUCCUCGCGGGCCUGUGCUUCUGCAGCGACCACCUCGUCCACGAGACCUGGGACCGGCAGGUGAAGCGCGUCAUGCAGUGGCUCAUGCGCUUCUUCUUCGCGUGCACGAUCGGCUUCAGCAUCCCGAUCACGAAGAUCCUGCACCUGGGCACGCUGGGCAAGGCGUCGCUCCUCUUCUCGACGAUGGUCGGCAAGCUCGCCAUGGGCCUCUUCGCCCAGCCCCUCGACGGGGACCACUUCUGGAUCUUAGCGCUGGCCUGGGGCGAGUGGGGCGAGAUGUCGUUCUUCAUCGCGGCGGCCGCGUUCAAGAAGAAGCACGGCGACGCGGGCAUCAUCGACGAGAACACGUACAACGCCAUCUGCCUCGCCGUCGUCGCGUCCAUGGUCAUCUGCCCCGCCUGGCUCCGGUCGUCGCUGGAGAAGUACGAGCAGCGCGCCAAGUACCUCAUCGCCGAGGCCAUCGCGGACACCGCGGACCUCAGCGGCGCGGCCCACGCGACCUACUUCUGCCUCCAGACCAAGUCGCACGCCCACUGGGAGCAGAGCGACCACCUCCAGACGGCGAUGACGCGCAUGGGCUGCGAGAUCAUCGACUACCGCCAGUGGCACCCGAACGACCACUUCGGCCUCGCGCACUGCGUCAACGAGAUGUACAUCCGCGACGACGCGCUGCGAGGCAUGGCGAGCUUCGCGGGCUACGAGCCCGAGGACCGCGCGCGCGUCGAGGAGUGCGUGAGCAAGACGGACCCGGCGUCGGCGCCCUUCGCCCACUACAACUUGGGCUGCGCGAAGUACUACGACGACGACUUCGACGGCGCGCUCGAGAUCUGGCGGAAGCUC